GUACUUUUAUGAAGGAUUGUAUGGACUCAUUCCUAGCUAAAGGUGCAGAUAUUGAAAUAUUAGGAUUUCAAUGCAUUGAGUAUACUGUGGAUUUUUAUGUGAUGGAUUUAGCUGGUAGGGCUACUUACACAAUGUCACAUCUAGGACAAAUCAAGAUUCCUGCAGAUUUCAAAGAUAUUUAUUCAUUCAUUGAUGAUAUAGGAUUGCUAUUAGGAAUAAAAGAUAUCUUUACAAGAUCAUUUAAUAAUUUUUAUGAAAAGCUUCGUGUACCAAGUCAAUUGGAAAUAAAACCUACAUUGAAGAAAAAAACAUUAAGCACUGAAGAAUUUGAGAAGUUGGUCAGUAAAACAAGAGAUAGAAAAAGGUUGUGUCCAUUGUGGUAUGGAA